AUGCUUGAGAUUGAGCAGAGCGUUGCUGACGAACACAUCCGCAGUCACAACCACUUUGAGGUGCUCCAGUGCAUAGAUCGCACCAACGGUACCGGGAGGAAGGAGAAGGUGCUGUCAGACGACAGAGAGCGUCUCAAUUUCCUGGAGCUCAUGUCGCUCAGCACUGUCCCAAUGGCUUUAAAGGCCAUAACUCUCCUGGACGUGCCUCAGAUCAUGGCUGACGCGGAGCAAGGCACCAUGCUGUCUGCACGACAGAUCUCCAAGCGAGUCAGCUCCAACAAGAACAAGAAGAGCGUUAACGUCAAUCACCUGGACCGCAUCCUCCGCUUCCUGGCCAGCUGCGACAUCUUCAGGACCAAGAAGGUGGACGACGAGUCGGGCGAGCCGGAGCAAGUCUACGGCCUCACCCCGAUUUGCAAGUACUUGCUGCGGAACGCUGGCGGGGCUUCACUGUCGACGUUGCUGCUAGUGAGGCACGACAAGCAGCUGUUCCAGUCGCUGCAUCACCUCCACGAUGCCGUGCUCGGGGACGAUGUCCCGUUUGCAAAGGCUCACGACCGCAACCUGUUUGAGUUCCUGGAAGCCAACCCCCAGGAGAGCCAGCUCUUCAACACUGCCAUGUCCGACAUGUCGGAGAUCUACAUGGAAGCCAUCGUGAACAAUUACCACGGCUUCAAGGAUACCAAGACGCUGGUGGAUGUCGGGGGUGGCACUGGAUCCAGCCUCGCAAUGAUACUCGCCAAGUAUCCCCACAUUCACGGGAUUAACUUCGACCUUCCUCACGUUGUUGCUGGUGCUCCGGAGUACGAUGGUCAGUACUAGUCUUUCCCUUCUUCUGCUUUCUUCCUGUUUGCUUUCCUGUUUGUUUUCCUGUUGCCUUCGUGUGCCUUGCUCGCUUUGGCUUUGAGAAGUAUAUCACGUCGCUGAUGGCUCUUAUCUUUCAAUCCUCUUCAGGAAUGAAGCACGUUGGAGGAAAUAUGUUCGAGCAAAUCCCAGGCGGAGACGGGAUGUACUUAAAGGUAACUCGACAA